AUGGACACUCAAAAAAGCCAAGCUGAAAAGCAGCCUUCAUCAGCUGCAGUUGCAACUUCAUGUCGAAAGAAAAAGCAUGAAGAAGCCGCUUUCUUGGAAGAUAUAAAGGAUCACAUUGACGAGUUUAUUCAUGCUUCUAUGGAUGAACAUAAAACCUGCUUUCAAAAAACAAUUAAAAAGAUGUUUGGUUUGUCUAAGGUAGUUGCUGAAGCGAAUCCUGCUAAAGAAGUUGAAAGUUCUCUGGCUCUUCAGACAGUUUUAAAGGAGUAA